AUGAAUGGAACCGAAAUCGAGGGAAAGAAAAGAAGAAGGGUGUAUGGUAAAUUUAGAUGUGAUGUCUGUGAUAAACAAUUUAUUAGGGCAGAUCACCUUGUAAGGCAUAAACGGAACCAUGAUCCCCAGUAUUUAAAGUAUGUGUGCAAUUGGCCAGGUUGUGGGCAAAAAUUCUUUCGGAACGAUGUCAAGGAGAAGCAUUACAAAAGACACCAGACACGAUUAGAAAAAGGAGUAAAUUACGAUAGCCCUGAUGAGAAGAAUCAACGUCAAAACUUAUCAUACGCAAAUACUGAUACGAGUACCACGCAUGAAAUGUCGAAGACUCAAGCAAAUGAAUACCUAGAAACGGCAAGUGACACACACGUAAACCAAGAAUUAGACGAAUUACGGCCGCCAGUAGCCCAAAAUCUCCAAAAUCACCUCCAUCAAAUUCAACCUGCUAUCCAAGACCUGGUUCAAGAACAAACUAAUGAAAUCGAAGACGCGAUACCAGAUAUGGCUGGCAAGACUUUGUCACCAUCAGAUCUAAUUGAAUGGCUCUUCCACGAUGAGACAAUUCCAGAUUCAUUAUCUGGGGCGAAUCAUAACGCAAGUGCAUUUCCGAAUAGACAUGCCACUGAUAUAACAAGUACCUUUUCACCAAUGACUUUGUUGGAGAAUAUUUUUGCCGUUUCACCCAAUUUUCCUCAUUCCAAUACAAGGAAAACCAUUGAUGAAAAUGUUAGACAUCGGUUGAUUGAAAUAAUUUCUUCGUUGGAUUUAAAUCCUGAUUUCAAUUUAAUUCAAAUCGAAAGAUUUUUGGAGAUAUACUGGUUAAUUUACCACCCACAAUACCCUAUUUUACAUAGGCCGUCCUUUACUAAUUUUGAAUGCCAUCCAUUAUUAUUACUUGCAAUGAUAAUGUUAGGCGCUAGCUUAACUAGUUGCACAGGCUAUCAGGAGGCUGUAUUAUUUCAUAAUCCAGAGAAAUUGGCCAAUGAGAUUGCUGAACCUUUGAGAUGGUUAAUUUUUUCAAAUCCUGAUUGCAAACCUCCUGCGAAAGUUUGGGUGGUACAGAGCUUAUUAUUACUAGAGACUUUUGAAAUUACCAGUAGUAGUAGGGCGUUACAUGAGAGAGCUUAUUUACACCAUGGUGCAAAAAUACAAAUAUUAAGAAGAUCUCCAAUUUUAGGUGGGGACCCUUUAAAAGAUGAUAAUGAAGAAGGGGCAUAUAUUCUAAAAGAUGAGUUGUGGAAAAAAUGGAUUGAAAUCGAAUCAAUGAAAAGGGCUACGCUAAUGGCAUUUUAUUUGGAUACCGUCCAUGCAACAGUUUAUGGUCAUAUUAUUAUAUUGUAUGCUCAUCAAAUUAAACUAUCCUUACCCUGCGAGGACGAAUUAUGGGAAUUUGAAAACUCAAAACUGACAACUGAAACGUUACCGCCUGUUAAAACUCCAAAAUUCUUGGGUGCUUUGAAAAGUUUACUCCAUAAACGUAAAGUGCAUACUAGUGCUUUCGGAAAAAAAAUAUUAUUAGCUGGACUAUUAACUAUUAUGUUCCAAAUGCAGCAGAAAGAUUUGCAAUUAUCAUUUUUGGAAUGGGACUCAAUAAAGGAUUCAUGGAAUGAAACUAUUUCUUUGGCAAUAGAUGUUUGGAGAAUUGAUAUUUGUUCGAAAGGAAACUGCUGUGAUACAGAAACAUCGCUUUACUUUCCUAAAGAGGAUCAGAAACUUUUGCCUCCAAUGCUAAGAGUAGAUGAUACAAGAUGUAAAUUUAGCUUGUACCAUAUUGCUCAAAUUUAUAUGCGCAUUACUCAUUAUGAUUAUAUUAUAUAUGCUGGGGCACCUAGUAGAAUGAAUGUGGUUGCAGGAACUUCCGAAUAUAGAGUGGUUUCACAUAGAGUAAAAGAAUGGUCAACCAGUAUUAAUGGCAGAAUAAGUGUGAUACAUGCGUAUAUGCUUCUAUGCGAGAUGUUGUUAUCCCCUGAUAAUGAAGAUAUUAUAUACACGUAUGCACCAAAUACUGAUCCAUUUUUGCAUAGAAAGAAUAUUAUUGCAAGUGCUGCCUUGGUAGUUUUUGCUUAUAACUUUUCACUCGAAGGGCCAGAGUCUUUAAUAUUCCAAGAAAGAAGCAUAACUGACGACUACUAUCCAGAAAAGGAAGAUGGCUAUUCAUAUUUGAAGAGAAUAAGGCGGUGUCUAUCACAAACUAUUGGAGGUCAAUUCCAUACAGCUAAGCAUUCAAAUAGCACUGUUUACCACAACUCUAUAAAGUUACAUGCAGAAUCUCUACAAAGAAUAGAGAAUAAAAAUCACAUAGUUGGGCUAAUGAAAAUCUUUUACAAAGGUUACAAAAAUUGUAAUUGGGAAAUUGGCUGCGAAUACUCCAGAUUACUCAAAAAUUGUAUUGAAAGGAGUUUAGGUAGAAGAAAAAUUACCUGCGAUGGCAUGUAUUCAAACACUUAA